AUGAUGAAUAAACACAAGCCGUGGAUUGAGACGUCGUACCAUGGGGUGAUCACUGAAAACACUGACGUUGUUCUGCUAGAUCCUCCUUUGGUGGCCCUGGACAAAGAUGCCCCCAUCCCCUAUGCAGGGGAAAUCUGUGCGUUCAACAUCCACGGGCUGGAGGCUCCGUUCGAGGCGGUGGUGCUGAACGGUACGUCUGGCGAGGGCCAGCUGAGGGCCCGCGGUCUGGUGGACUGCGAGCUGCAGAAGGAGUACACCUUCAUCAUUCAGGCUCACGACUGCGGUUCUGGCCCCGGGGGCACGGAGGGCAAGAAAUCCCACAAGGCAGUGGUGCACAUUCAGGUCAACGAUGUGAAUGAGUUUGCCCCAGUGUUUCGGGAGCCCCAGUACCAAGCUGCGGUGACGGAGGGCAAGAUUUACGACAGCAUCCUGCAGGUGGAGGCCACCGACCAGGACUGCUCCCCACAGUACAGCCAGAUCUGUAACUACCAGAUCACCACCACCAGCACGCCCUUCGCUAUAGAUCGCAACGGUAACAUCCGGAACACGGAGAAGCUGAGCUACGACCGCCAGCAGCAGUACGAGAUCCAGGUGACGGCCUGGGACUGCGGCCAGAAGAGAGCCCUGCACAGCGUCCCCGUCCGCAUCGACGUCAAGCCUGUCUGCAAACCCGGCUGGCAAGGUUGGAACAAGCGAGUGGACUACGAGCCAGGAACAGGAAGCAAGCAGCUGUUUCCUAAGAUGCACCUGGAGACCUGUGGUGGGCCGCUGUCAUCAGUGAGGACCACCGUGGAGCUGCAGACCAGCCACAUCGGGAAAGGCUGCGACCGUGAGACCUACUCUGAGAAAUCUCUACAGAAGCUCUGCGGGGCCUCCUCAGGCAGCACAGACCUUCUCCCCGCCCCCAGUGCUGCCACCAACUGGACAGCUUCCCUGGUGACUGACAGCGGCAGGGACAGCGACCUGAUCUUCAGGUUUGACGGGCGUCAGGCGGCUAAAAUCCCUGCCUGGGUGGUACCCCAGAAUCUGACAGACCAGUUUACCAUAGCAACCUGGAUGAAGCAUGGACCCAGUCCUGGGCUCAGAGCGGAGAAGGAGACACUGCUCUGCAACUCCGAUAAGACUGAGAUGAACCGUCAUCACUACUCGCUGUAUGUCCAUAAUUGCCGCCUGGUGUUCCUGCUGAGGAGGGACUUCACACAGGUGGACACCUUCAGACCUGCCGAGUUCCACUGGAAACUGGAGCAGAUCUGUGACAAGGAGUGGCAUUACUACGUCAUCAACGUGGAGUUCCCGGUGGUGACGCUCUAUGUGGACGGAGUGACCUACGACCCCUACCUGGUGACCGACGACUGGCCCAUCCACCCCUCACAGAUUGACGUGCAGCUCACGGUCGGUGCCUGCUGGCAAGGUGGGGAGGUGACCAAGCCACGGUUCACUCAGUACCUUCGGGGCAGCCUAUCUGGACUGACCAUCCGACCGGGCAAGAUCGAGAGCCAGAAAGUGAUUUCCUGUCUGCAAGCCUGCAAAGAGGGGCUGGACAUCAACUCCCUCGAGAGUCUUGAUAAGAGCAUAAAGUUCCACUUUAACCCGGCCCAGUCUAUCCUGGUAAUGGAGGGAGAGGACUUGGAAAACAUCAAUGCUGCUGUGAGGAAAGUUUCCUAUAUUAACUCUCGCCAGUUUCCCACGCCGGGCAUCCGACGUCUGCACAUCUCCACCGUCGUCCAGUGUUUUGGUGAAGACACUUGUAUCACCAUCCCAGACAUCGAUGCGGUGGUGAUGGUGUUGCAGCCCAGUGAGCCCAGGAUAACAAUCACCGGAGUGGAGAGGCUCAAUCGGCCGGCCUCCGACCUCAGAGCGCCAGGAGGCGUGGCUCUGUUCCAGGAUCUCCACAUCAUCAGCACAGUCACCAGGGCGGACGCCACCGUACAUCACACAGCGCGUCGACCCGGGGUGAUGGAGGAGAUCAUUCAUAACUUGGACUACUGCGAUGUCCUUGUGCUGGGGGAGGAGCUGAGGCCAGAGCAGGAGUCCCUCCAACUGCAGCGCAGCGCUCUGCUCGGAAAGCACCUCGACGCCACCAACUCCACCUCGGGCAUGUCCAUAUACGGCGUUGACUCCAUGUCCAACUAUGAACAGGUGAUCCGACAGGUGCGCUACUAUAACUGGCGGCCCGGACAACUCACAGAGAGAAGGUUUCGCCUCACCUGCUCGGAGCUGAACGGGCGCUACACCAGCAAUGAGUUCAACCUGGAGGUGAGCGUGCUGCACAGCGCAGAAGCUGGGGAACAUGUCAAUCACAUGGUAGCCCCGCCUCAGUACAUGCAGGUGGUCCACCACCCAUCCAUGAUUCACGACCUGUACCCCAGCCACGCUUCAGGCGUGCCGAGCGCUGCCACUGUGGUCAUUGUGAUGUGUAUCGCCGCUCUGGUCGUUGUCGUGGUGCUGGGCAUCUACCGCAUCCACCUGACCCACCAGCAGGAGGUCAAGCUGGCAGAGACGGCUAAAGAGGCGGACGUGACCUGGGACAGCUCGGCCCUGACGAUCACGGUCAACCCGAUGGAGAACCUGCAGGAGCCCCAGGCUGCAGAGGAGGAGGAGGCCAGCGAGGAAGAGGAGGAGGAAGAAGAGGAGGAGGAGGAUGACGAGGAAGAGGAGGAGGAGGAGGAUGACAUCACCAGCGCUGAGUCAGACGACAGCGAGGAGGAAGUGGACGUCCAGCUACCCAGGAUGCAACGCCAGAGCAAGAAGGGCCAAAGCUGGGACAAAACAACAAUAUCUUACUGA